AAGAAGACGACGAGGCAGAGAAUAGAACAGCCGGCCCAGGAACGGGUGCUGUCUCUGUGUCUCCGUUCAUUACAAUGGCGCACCCUGCGAACGCCACGUCUUAAGGGGCUUCAGCCUUAAGCACCGUCCUGCGGAGUCCUUGCGUCCUCCGGCAUCUCGCCGUCCAGGGUCCUUCCGGCGAGGGAACGCCGUCAACGCUUCCCUUCGCAUAGAUACCGCGCCUGGGCCUGCGUCAAGGUCCGAUCUGCCAAGGCAUGCCGUCCACGCUGCCUUAGACAUGGAUCCUCGCCGUCGUACGUUCCUGCUGCGGCCAGGGAACGCCGUCCAUGCUUCCCAUGCCCUUUAUCCCGGCCCCAUGAUAUCAACGACAUCUCAGCCAGCUAGGGAUGCUGUUCACGCUCCCCUGACCAUGCUUCCGGCUGCAGUGAGUGCCGCAUACGCCACCAGUUCUGGCUCAACGGAUGCCGUUCAGGCUCCCUUGGCCGCUGGUCCGGCUGACCCGAGUGCUGCGGCCGCUGCCGCCGCCUCAGGGUACGUCGAUUCCUGCCCCGGUCUCUACGGGCGGCUCAGCCAGCAGCUUGUCCGACACCAUGCGCGCCAUCUCGCUGCUGACCCAACAGCUCGAGGUUAUGACGAACACCUUCGCAUCCCUCAGUGGUUUCGCGGUUGCACCUCACAUUGGGACAGCGCUUCAGCCCCUCCGUCAUGGACCCGCCCUGCCUGGGAACGCCGUCCACGCUUCCCUUGGCGAGACUAUCAUGCCCGGCACUACAUCGACUCCUCAGCCAACAAGGUAUGCCGUCCCAGCUUCCUUGGUGGUAGAACCGGCUGUCGCUCCUACAACGACCGCACUGUCCGUGGACAUCGGCCCUAGUUCCACGGGAAGCUGGACAAGCAACCUGGCGGAGACGAGGCGCUGCGACUUCCAGCAGCCGGCUUCCGUAAAAAUACCGCCGUUUCGCGGCUUUGAAGAUGAUGUCGCCCUUUGGGUUUGCACCAUCAAUGCCUUGGGUUAUCAGCAUGCUUGGCCAGACCACAAAAGAUGGCUGGUUGCAGCCAAACGACUUUUCGGUGCCGC